AGUCACAGGACAGUAUGGAAAAAUGUAGUUCAAACUUUGACCUGUGCAGGUCAGUAAUACGCUUAGCAGCGUUUACACUGCCGGGAUUAUAGAACAAGAAGAAGAAGACACACGGAAAUUGCGUAGCUAUAUCCAGUGCUGCACCAACGUGCUAACGCACCCGGGAGCGGAAGCGGUGUGCAGUCAUGUGGCCUCUAGUUUGGACGGCGGUACGGACCUAUGCCCCUUAUGUGACCUUCCCUGUUGCCUUUGUGGUGGGGGCAGUGGGCUACCACCUGGAGUGGUUUAUCAGGGGGACCCCUAAACCUCGAGAGGAGAAGAGCAUCCUGGAACUGAGGGAGGACAGGAAGCUGCAGGAACAAGAGGGCAUGGACAGCACCCAGGUGCUUAGCCUGAAAGAGAAACUGGAGUUCACACCUAGAGCAGCUCUGAACAGGAACAGACCGGAAAAGAGCUAACCUGUGUUGGUGUGAGAGACUUGCGUUUACCCUUUCUCAGCAGGAGGCUAAUUCAUUGGAGGCAAAAGGGGGUGAACCAGAAGGCAAAAUACACCCUUUCUUCCCGUUUACCUCAGCCAUACAUCCUCACUAAUGCAUCAGCUUGCCUGUGUAAAUAUUUGCUACUUUUAAGAAGCUAGAGGGUAAUUAAAAAACACAUACUUUCACCAAGUCAAAUACAGCUUAUAUGUGCUGUAUGUAGGGCUGGGCAAUAUAUCGAUAUUAUAUCGAUAUCGUGAUAUGAGACUAGAUAUAGUCUUAGAUUUGGGAUAUCGU